CCGUGAAGCACCCCCUGUCGCGUCGCGUUCGCCAUCAAUGAUAGCAGCAGCGCAUUGACGACAGACGGAGUGGUGCGGAUCCGUGGUUACUGAUUUGGUGGGGUUGAGGCGACGAAAGCGAUCCUCUCUCGUGGUAGAAGGCCUCGUUCCCGAUGGAUCGCGCUGAUGUCACGACAGAAGAGGUUCUCAAGAGGGACAUACCAUGGGAAACUUACAUGUCAGCAAAGCUUAUUACAGAAACACAUCUUCAGCUACUAAGGCGCUAUGACAAAAAAUCUGCAAGCCAAAGAGCUGCUUUGCUUGAUGAAGAUGGACCAGCUUUUGUACAGGUCUUCAUGAACAUAUUGAGUGACGUUUCCAAGGAAGAAACGGUGGAAUAUGUGCUUGCUCUCAUUGAUGAAAUGCUGGCAGCAAAUCUAAAGCAGGCUAGACUUUUUCAUGAUAAUUCAUUAUCAAGCGAAGACACUUAUCAACCUUUUUUAAGAUGGCUCCAGGAAGGAAAUUUGUUCAUACAAGACAAGAGCAGUAAAAUAUUGACUCUGAUAGUGAGUGCUCAUCCUAAAGUUCAAGAUGGUCUUGUUCCAAAUGGAGAAUCCUCACAUUCAAAAAGCAAGAUCUCAAAGACUGAUAUGGUUCUAAAUGGACUACUUGACUGGCUGUGUUCUCAGCUGAAGACUCCAUCUCAUCCUAAUCGCUCUGUGCCUAUGGCUAUAAAUUGCCUAGCCAUUUUGCUAAGAGAACCCUGGGUUAGGGUUUCAUUUAUUCAAUCAGAUGGUGUCAAAUUAAUAAUUCCUUUGAUAUCACCAGCUUCAAGCCAGCAGUCCAUCCAGCUUCUUUAUGAAACUUGCCUUUGUAUUUGGCUCUUGUCCUAUUAUGAUGCAGCAGUUGAUUACCUGGCCACCACUAGGGUCUUGCCAAGGCUAGUUGAGGUUGUAAAAGGUUCAACAAAAGAAAAGGUUGUGAGGGUUAUUAUGUUAACAUUGCUCAAUCUGUUACCAAAGGCAGCAUGUGGGGCCCAAAUGAUUGAUCUUGGACUACCACAAAUUGUCCAGUCUCUAAAAGCUCAGGCUUGGAGUGAUGAGGAUUUGUUGGGUGCACUAAAUCAGUUAGAAGAUGGACUUAAGGAACACAUCAAAACUCUGAGUUCCUUUGAUAAAUAUAAGCAGGAAGUUCUUCAGGGUCAUCUUGACUGGUAUCCUAUGCACAAGGAUCCAGGAUUCUGGCGUGAAAAUAUUACAAAUUUUGAAGAAAAUGACUUCCAGAUUUUACGUGUCCUCAUCACGAUCCUCGACACUUCCAGCGACCCAACCGCACUUUCUGUUGCGUGCUAUGACUUGUCUCAGUUUAUCCAGUACCACCCUGCUGGAAGAAUCAUGGUGGCAGACCUGAAGGCCAAGGACCGGGUGAUGAAACUCAUGAAUCACGAGAAUGCUGAGGUGACACGGCAUGCCCUUCUGUGCAUCCAAAGGCUUUUCCUGGGUGCCAAAUACGCUAGCCUUUUGCAGUCUUGAUCACUCUUCAUGACCAUCUCAAGUUUGAACCAUGGCUUGCAACCGCAAAUGCCUAGCAGACAGUGAGUUUUGUUGUUUGUUCGUAAAAUCCGUUAUUAUUUUUUGCUGCAUGUAAUAAAUUCUACUCUUUCGUUUCAAAUGCUCUUUUAAGCAUAUUCGAUUCUCGAUUUGCCCAAGUUGGGCACAUUUUUAUGGGACUGAAAUAAUUUGCUGUGUGUGGUUGAGUUCA